CUUCGCAAUUUCAAAACCCUCCGAGAAAAAGUUUGAGAUCAGAAUGUCCGUCGAGGAAGACGCGACCGUUAGGGAGCCACUGGAUCUGAUUCGAUUGAGUAUCGAAGAGAGAAUCUACGUCAAGCUCCGAUCCGAUCGUGAACUCCGCGGCAAGCUACACGCUUAUGAUCAGCAUUUGAAUAUGAUUCUGGGUGAUGUUGAAGAGGUUAUCACGACUGUAGAAAUCGACGACGAGACAUACGAAGAGAUUGUUCGUACAUCGAAACGAAAGGUUCCGUUUCUAUUUGUGAGAGGAGAUGGAGUGAUCUUGGUGUCCCCACCUUUGAGGACUACUUGAGUUUCAGACACAAAAUGUUUUUGUGUAUUGGGUAACAUCUUAGCUUCUGAUUUGUAUUCGUGUGUUUAGUUUUUCAAUUAUUUUAACUGAAUGUAGCGGAGAUAUCGUAUUCGAAACCCAUGUUAACUUGCUUCAUUUUUAAUAGAAGUUGUGUUGCCUAUUUAAUCCAGCAGACAUUUUGA